AUGGCGCCGACGACCCCAGCUUUCGAAGAUGUCGAGAUGAACUUGAGCAUCGAUGAAUCGCAGUCGUACACCGAACCACCGGCUCGCAUAGCUGAUCGCUUUCACCGCAAGUCCUCUGUGCGGCGGAAGUCCUCUGCGAACUCGUCCCGCCGCAGUUCACUGUCGUCGAUCCAUUCCCAUUCCUCCGCGCUGUCUAGUCAUGGCGGACCCCGGAGCACCCAUAUUGCACAACACCUUCGACGAGCAUCCAUCAUUGAGAGUCGGAAAGCGCGCCUGGCCGACCGUGCCGCUCAUGCUGAACAGGUCAGGCUCCGAGCCGCCGCUGCGAAGGCGGCGCAAAGGGCAUCUUACAGCGAGGAGAAGGCUUUGGCGGCGCAGGCUGCCCGGGAGAAAUUGCUCGCUGAAAUUGCAGCCCGCUGUGAGGAAGAAGUAAAACGAGCCAAAAAGAUCGCCGAGGAGACGAAGGAGAAAAGGGCCGCGGAAUUGGCCAGGCUGAAGGAAGAGAUGGCGGAGAAGUAUGCAGAGGCAGAUAGACGCAGGUCUAUGUACCAACAAGGCACGCGACGAUCCCGAACAACGUCGCUCGCAGCCGUCGAGGAGAAAAAGGUCGCUCCAGCAGCAUUGAAGCGCUCGAAUCGCGUCUAUGCUGCAAAAGUCAUUCAGCGAUCGUGGCGACGUUACCACGCGAGCAAGGUGCUCUCCGACUUUUCGGCUCUGGGACUCGACCUGCAGCGAGCCAAGUCGCUCUCUUUCGAGCAAUUGACUCAAUUCAUUUCGGAUCAACGAACUACUGCUGCCACGACGUCUAUUCUCAGACACCUGGGCGUUCUUGACAAUGGCCAAGAAAAUUCGGGCGUUGUGCGGGUGUUCCUGAGUGCAUACCUUGUCCUAACACAUCCCAUGCAAGCUUUCAGCCAUGGUGGGAGACAGCCUCAGGAGCAAGAGCUCAUGACGAAAUCCCGUGCGCUGGUUGAGGCCUUCGAGUCUAACAUCAAGACCAUGACAACUGCGCCGCAGCCGAUUUUAUCGCAGCCCCAGGUCGAAGCCUUUUCCUUUGCCCUCAACGACUUUACCUCGACUUUUGAGGCGUGGAAAAGUCAGGACUUGGGUGUUCUUGUGGAUGUCAUGGUCAAUUCAUUUGUUAAUCUGGACUUGAUUCUGCAGGCCACCAAAGACGACCAUCGGGGCCGCGUUGCUGAUGACUAUCUUGAUGCUGUCCGACAGGAGCAGAUCAGGCUACUGGCUCGUCUGAAGCGGCUGGCAGGGCCAGAGGAGGCUUUGUCAAGAGUUCGUACAGCUGUAAGGAAGGCACGGAAGCAAAGGGCAGCAGAAAAGCGACAGAAUGGAGCAGAGCAAGUCCCACGAGCCUCGACGCCUGCUGCGACAGAGUCGAAUGUGACAGAAGGAACCCUGAUGACACCUCCUCCAACACCACGGGCCGAUCGACAAGAUCAAGUGGCGGGGGUAACGUCUUUCACGGACAGUCUCUCACAGAUGAUGACUCUACUACCAACCAAUCGGGAGAUUGCGCACGAAAUACUGGUCAGCGGUAGCUUUGAGGUGCAACAGCAACCUUGGACAGACGCCCGUAAGGGCUUGACAGACUCGCUACGAAACAGAAUGCGCGCAGAUCUUCAGAAUGGAGACAGAGAAGCCACGGCGAGGUGGACUCACUCCAUGGCAGUCCUCAUCCGAGAGAAGCUGAUGCUGUUGAUCAGCCCACGGCAUCCACUUCAUAGCAGGAUGGACGGCUUUCUGGAUCCAGUAUUGAUCAGUCAACAGUGCCGAAAUGGUAUGUUCUCGUAUGAUUCGUUUUUCAGGACCGUCGCGGGCUUGAUCGCACAGAUCUGCUCUCCUGGCCGGGACGAAAUCGUGAAUGCUUUUAGCGGCAAUACGACCAGCGACACAGUCGAUCGUCUUUUUGAACUCAUCAAUAUUAUUGACUUGAUGAGCUUGGAUCACAUCAACUUUCAAUUCAGACUGGCCUCUCAGGCGGUGCUUGAACACGGCCACGAACACGAAAUUGCAUCAUUUGAACGGGACCUCGAGCAAGGUGUCCAUACACUCGCAAAAGCCAAGGACUGGUGGAUAAAUGCGAGGUCAAACGUGGGAUCUCUAUCCGCGAGCGCAUCUGCGGUAUAUGCCAGAGGCCUGACCGACCUCGUCUUGCGCAACUCACAUCUUAGCAACCGGGACAUUCCCGAGCCGCUACACCUUGACUACAUACGCCUGCUCAGAUUACGGGCGCGAGUGUUCCAAAUAGUGGCCAUUUCCUCAAUCCUACUUACCACCAAGAUCCGGCUCAGGCGCAACAGGGAGUCUUUGUGGGCAAAAGAUGCGGAACGUCUGAUGGCAUUGGACCUUUCGAAAGUCAAUGCCAACCGGAUCGUCUCCCUCAUUGAAUCAUCCCACAUGAUGCCAGAAUCAACCAAAGAAGGACUGCUCAACUUCGUUGGGCGAGUUCUACCCACUGCCGCAGCUGCGUCCAAAAACCUCGAGGCAGCAGAGCAAGCACGGCAGGUCGGGGUCAAUGGCGGAACAAUAGACGAGCCAACUGGGACCACAAGCGCAGAUGUGUUCAGCGAACAAAUUGCGAGUUUCCUUCUAAAGACACUGCGAGAACAUGUCUUUGCUAGGCUCUCGGCUGCUAGCACGGCUGAGAGAGCCCGGAGUACGACGAGUGCAGGGGAAGUUCUGGCACGCGCUGGGAUGCCCGAGUUCCUGGAGGAGGUCAACCGACUUGUGGAUACCCUCGACAGAGUGCGCUUAGUGGACUGGAAGUGUCAUGAGAAAUGGUACGGCCAGAUCGCAGGCGAGACUGCCUGA